UUUGAAUUUUGAUUUGAAAUUAGAAUGACGCAAUAUCGCACCACUACAACGGCGCCUUGCUAUUGGCUCAGAAGUCAGAAUUCGAAUGUCAAAGUAUGGAAGUAAACAGUGUGAGUGUGUAAACUUACUAGUGGAAAAAUAUGAAAAAUAAAUAAUUUUACUAUCAAAAUGGAUACUGACGAACCAUUACUUAGUAAUGACGUAUUUAAUGUUAAUGAUAUAAAUGAAAUAGAAGAUUUUCUUAGUGGAUGUGAUGGAGACUUUAUGGUAAAACUCGAAGAGGAACUGGCUUUGAUUGAUAAUGAUAUUAUAGACAUUGAUAAGACAUGUAAAGCAGAGCUUAAAACCUCACCACAGUCUUCGCCAUACUAUAGUAAUUCGAAUUCAGGAAAUCCCUUAGUGUCUCAAUAUUCGCAGAAUACUAAAGUUCCAGUGCAAACAUCACAACCAAAAAGUAGUCCUAUCCUAGGAGUGUAUGGGAGGGAGGAAUCAUAUAAUUUGCCUAACACUAAUAAAACUCCAGUAUCUGAACCACAAUGUGUGACAAAAACGCAUACACAAAGUCCAAUGUUUGUCCAGCAAGUUGUUCAAAGCCCUGUUUAUUUAAAUUUGAGCCAUGGUUUACAACAUUUCCAGGACGGGAGAGUAUCUCUCGUCCAAAUAGAGGGAGCACAACAGCUUAACCAAAAUGCAAAACCACGGACAGCACAGCCAUUGUUAGUUCCAAACAAUACUAAAAAUAUGACACCUGUAAUCAUUAACAAUGCAGAGUCACACUUUUCUCCAGUGAUAUUACAGUCAAAUCAAACAUUGAUGUAUUCCAGUGCCCCAACAAUACAAGGUUCAACAAAAACUGUAUUAACAAAUACAAAACCGGCCACAGAUAGUAUGCCCAUACACACAUUUUUUACGAGCAGCAACGGCCCAACUGUUUUAACAACGGGCAUUCCUGUUGUACUUGAUGGUGAUAAGAUAGCACUAAGCCAGGUACCCGGUACAGGUCCACCUGUUGUAAAAGAAGUUAAGAGGAGUGCACAUAACGCCAUAGAAAGGCGUUAUAGAACUAGUAUCAAUGAUAGAAUCAUAGAAUUAAAAAAUAUGCUAGUUGGAGAAGAGGCUAAGUUAAAUAAAUCAGCUAUCCUAAGAAAAACCAUAGACUAUAUUAAGUAUUUACAAAACCAAAAUUCAAGAUUAAAGCAAGAGAACAUGGCUCUCAAGCUCGCCUGUCAGAAGUCUGGUAUCAAAGAUGUUCCAUUGGAGGGUGCAUACACACCACCCCAUAGUGAUAUCUCCUCACCAUAUCAUUCUUCUAACGGACUUGACAGUGAUUCUCCCUCAUCUCCUGAAUCAAGGGAUGACAUCAAGUAUUCAAAAAUAGUUAUGGGCAUGGGAGAUCAUUCUCGUUUGGCGUUAUGUGCAUUCAUGGUUGGUCUGAUAGCAUUCAAUCCAUUCAGCUCAUUUGUGAGCAGUUUUAUGAUGAACACUCACACACCUGAUUAUAAUUCAAGAAUUGAUCAGAGAAGAAUACUGUCCGACAGUGAUUUGGGUUCAAGCUACUCCAACAGCGCUAUCAUGUUAUUCAACAUGUUCUUGAUAUAUAUUGUCAACUUCAUAUUGUUAGGAGGUUGCCUGGUGAAACUUCUUGUGUACGGGGAUUCUGUGCCUCGACCACAGUCCAAUGAAGCUGGCCUCUUUUAUAAACACAAGCGACAGGCUGAUAACUAUUUGAAAAAGGGCGAUCUGACAAACGCCAGACUAGAACUACACCGGUCUCUAGCGGUAUGUGGGAAGAGUAUACAAUCUGGUGAACGAGGACAUGUGAAGUAUACUGCGUUAGUUGCUGCUGCACUGAGGCAGGUGAUGCAACGGCUACCCCUGGGCGGCUUUCUGGCGCGACGAGCUGGGGACCUGUUCAAUGAUAGCCCUGUGCGGAGAGCUACAAAACACUGGGCAGGCGAAGUAUCGAGUGUAUCCCACCAAUUGGCCCAGUUGGAAAUAUUAUCAAACCACAGUGGCCAAAGUGGGAAAGUGUUAUUGGCCUUGCAAGCUGUUAACUUGGCAGAAGUAACUGGUGACCGACAACUGUUAGCUGAUACAUAUGUGACUGCUGCACUGGUGUUUAAGGAUCAUAUGCCUAAGAUUGGGAAUUGGUUAUGUGGGUACUACUUACGUAAGAGUAGUUCGUGCGCCGGCGAGUGGUCGGUGCGUACGCGCUGGUCUAGUAGCGCUAGAGGUCAGCGCUUCCUCCGCACCCGCUCCUGGACCUACGACAUAUCGCCGCCCGCUACAGCACUCUUCUCCAAGAUGCCCUGCCCUAAUAAUCCGCUGGCGUAUGCUAUGAGGGCGCACCACCUCGAGCUGCUACAGAACAGUUUGCAGAUGUUGUUGUGUGCGGACGAGGGCAGCAAUACCCGGGAUGUGUUGGAUAUGGUGAAGCUGAUCACUGACGACGUCUCCACCGAAGCGCCGCAGCAUACAGGUUACUGGGAUCCAGUGAUGGAGUGGUGGGCCAACCUGGUUGGUGUCGCCGCCACGUGGCUGCUUGCCGACACCAAGUUAGCGGCCGACAUUGGCGACCGGCUCAACAUACUGCCCGAACUACUGGCCGACUGUGAAGACCCGCUACCUGGGGCACUGCACAUGGCCUACAAAAGCCGCCGCGGACUCCUCAGCUUGGUACACUGCAAAGAUGAACGAGCUGCCAAGAAGACCUCCGAUACCAUUCUCAAGGUGUGUGACAUCGCGGGCUCCAGGUUGGCUGACUCGCUGGCCUACUACUGCUGUAAAACACCGACCCAGCUCAUUGUGUUGAUGCAAGUCCUAUGCUGCGACUGGUUGCUGGAGGUCCGGGCGGGAGUGUGGGAGGCCAGUGUGGCGCGAGAGGGCGAGAGGCCCGCGCCGCCCUGCCAGCUGAAGGCCUUCCAGAGAGACCUGCACUCCUUGAGGAGGCUCUCGCAGUCGUUGCCCUGGGUGACGUCACGCGUGUUUCUACAGUCGGCCGUGUGUCGCAUGAUGGCGGGUGCCGCGCCGCGCCGAACGCAGCAGUUAUUGGACGGCAGUCUGAGGCCGAGAAUGAAUCGCUCCUCUAUUAUAUGUGGGAAAGAGCGAUCCCUUGAAACGGGGGGAGGCGAAGGCGAAAGAGCUGUGGCUCUAUAUAUGGCGUGCAAACAUUUACCGGAAGCAGUACUGGCGACGCCGGGAGAACGGGCCGGGAUGUUAGCACAAGCUGCUGCCACCCUGCAGAAGAUAGGACACCGCAGUCGACUGCCGCAUUGCUACCAUCUCAUGAAAUCACUCACCCUACCCUCUGCACCAUGAUAGAAAAUAUGACUACUAUCCGGUUACAACAUCUCUGGACCCUGACGUCACAUAGUCGCUUUGUUAUGGUGUACAAAACAAGCAUCACUAGGAUAUUAUUAAUAAAUAAACAACGAUUUAUUUUACUUAUUAUUAUUACAAUUAAAAAAAUCAAUUAAUGAAUGGGCUAAGUACAAAAAGUAAGUAUUUUUUGUCUGACACAAUUAUUAUCUCACACAGAAGAACAGAAACUACAGAACUAUUAUAUAAAUGAUUUAAGUUUUCUUUAGUGUUAAUUCCGCCAAUAUUUGUUUUAAAUCAAUUCGACGCGUGUUUCUCCUCUACACGAGGCAUCCUCAGGACGUGUUGUCUCGCCGAAAUCUGGCACGAGACUGAUUUGAGUCUCACACGUGUCGAAUUGUUUAAAAACAAAUAUUGGCGGAAUUAACACUAAAGAAAACUUAAAUCAUUUGUAUAAUUAUGGAUUUCCGCAUAGUAACGCCUAAUUUAAUAAUUAUAGAACUGUUAAAACCAAAAGUUAAAACGAUACGAUGAAAUCUUCAAAAACAAAGCAGCGAUAACGAAAAUAUCACAUGUAACAGUAAUGAAACUGCAAACCGUACUAAGGCAACAGGACGAGCGCGAGGGAUGUAAAAAGUGUACAGUUCCAGCGAGGUCCAAAGAUAAUGUGACCGUGUAGUAAAAGUAGCACCAUAACCCAUAUGAAUAAUGAAUGUGUCUUAUUAACUUAUUACAUUUUUUGGUCAGGUUACUGAAACGCCGCUGUGAGUGUAAUAUAGCUUGCUAAUGGAACAUAAACUAGAGAGUGCAUAGCACAUUGAGCGCUAUGGUAUGUCCCAAAACUGACGAUUUAUAUAUUCUAUGAUAAGGAUCAAAUAAAUUUUGUAAUCUUAA